AUGGUCGAGUGGUCUGGCAUCCGGCGUUCGCCUAUCACUGAUCCCUUGCCUGAGGCCAAGGACCCUAAGCGUAUUGAGCUGAUUCAAAAGCUCAAUACAACCCUAGGUAGGCCCAUAGAACCAGGUCUUUGGGCAUGCUUCUGGCUGUCUGAUAUCCAGAUGCUGGAGCAUCUUGUGAGCAUGUGCACCAAUAAAGAUGAAUUCCUUGCCAACAUCAGCAGAUUGAUGAUGACCAAUAGCAAGGUCUGCACAGACCUAGUCAGAGCCUGGUGUUCUCGUACCAAAGGUCAGACAGGGGAUGAGCUCAGCGAUGACGAAGAGCUGGACAACCGGAAGAAAAGGAAGGCCACAUCCACGACGCCUCAAAGCCCGUCCAAGAUACCUCGAAAAGAGGGAACUACUCUCCAGAAUCUAUCACGGUUAUCAGAAGUCACACUUUCUUCGUCGGCUCAUAAUCAGCAUCAUCAUGAUCAUCAUGAGAGGAAGCGAGUCUAUUGCAGCCUGAUUGCGAAAAGCCUAUGCGAAGAAAGAGACAAGUCCACCUGCCUCAUCACCAAGGGCAGAGACUGCAUCGACAAGGCCCACAUAUACCCCUACUCAGUGAAUGAACAUGAUAUCUUUUGGGAAACGCUCCGUAUGUUCUGGUCAAAAGAAAAGGUUAGGGUAUGGGAGAAGGCGGUGCUCGGUGAGAAAGGGACUGAGGUAUGUCAGAACCUCAUAUGCCUGGCCCCGACAGUGCAUAGGUUGUGGAGAAAGGCAAAAUUCGCCCUGAAGCCUGAGGAACUCUCUGAGGAUCAAAAGACUCUCACUGUGCGAUUCUUUUGGUUGUCCGAUAGUCGCUACCACCGGAAGGAAAUCGGCUUGCCUCCGUAUAUUGCUCCUGGCCUCGAUCGUAGCACUGGGAACACUGUCCUGAUGAACAGUGAGACCAUGCAAAUCAUCAGCUCGGGAGAUAUCCUCGAGUUCAAAACCGAUGACCCUGAAAAUCACCCCCUGCCUUCAUUUGAUAUCCUUGAAUUGCAAUGGAUGCUUCACAGAGUUACGGCCCUCAGUGGGGCGGCAGAAGCUACGGAUGAGGAUGACAGCAGCGACAAAGACAGUUACGAUGAUGAGGAUGAAGAUGACGAUGACGGCAAUGAGGAGAGACAGAGACAAGCCCAAUAGAAGGGAAAAGGGAUUGUUCAGGCAGUCCUUUUGCUCUUGCUCUGCGGGCAGGCGACACUAACAUCCACCAGCGCUGAGC